UUUGCAAGUAAUAAAAUGAAGUUCGAAGGAGAUGAUCAAGAUGACCACUUAAAACGAAAUGAUAGGACUAAGAAUCGUCCACAUAUUAACUAUGAGGUCCCGGAUCCGGAGGACCGUCAGGAGAAGCCAUGGCAGCGGGUUAAUAAUACUCCAUUCAUUAAUACGGUCCCCAGUUAUUUCAUCAUCCUCGUGCUGGGUUUCUAUCUCCUGUUGGCGUACUCGACGCAGCGGGUGGAGGAUGACAUGCCUCGGCCCGUGAUGGAUGCUGACCUCAAUAAAGACGUGAGUAACAUAGCCUUCAGCGAAGAGACAGCUCUGCAGUACCUGUACACCAUCAUGGGUGACAGGCCCCGCGUGGCCGGCACCGAGUACCACCUGCAGCAGACAGAGGUGGUGCGAGACUUGCUGCUCAACGCCACCAGGGACGCCACGGUCCCGGUCACGGUGCUGUGGCAGACGGCUAGUGGUGAGUCGCCCUUUUUCGCCCUUUUGUACACAAUGAUGGGUGACAGGCCCCGCGUGGCCGGCACCGAGUACCACCUGCAGCAGACCGAGGUGCUGCGAGACUUGCUGCUCAACGCCACCAGGGACGCCACGCUCCCGGUCACGGUGCUGUGGCAGACGGCUAGUGGUGCCUUCAAAUUAGACCACGAGAUACCUUAUUUGGCGUGGUACUACAACGCGUCCAACAUCGCCGCGUUGCUGGAGGGCGAGAGCGGGGUGCGAGCGAACGGCGAGCUCGGCACUACCCUGCUGCUCAACUGCCAUUACGACUCUGUGCCUUUUGCGCUGGGGGCAUCCGACAACGUAGCUUUCUGCGCGAUCUUGGCAGAGAUUCUACACCGGGUGGCGCAGAGGACCACCAAGUUUAAACACAACCUCAUCUUCCUAUUCAACGGCGCCGAGGAGAGUGGUCUCCUGGGCUCGCACGCGUUUCUGCAGCACCCGUGGGCGCGGAACAUCACCGCCGUCGUCAACUUGGACGCUGCCGGCAUGAACGGGAAAGCCAACGUCUUCCAAACGUUGGACUCACGGCUCGUCCGGGCCUACGCCAAGUCCACGAACCGGCCCUCAGCUCAGUCGUUCGGAGAGUUUCUGUUCGGCUCCGGGCUCGUGCCUUCGGACACCGACUUCAGGAUAUGGCGGGACUACGGACAGUUCUACGGCAUCGACAUCGCGUUCACGAAAUGGGGUAACGUGUACCACACGCGCAACGACAACCCCACCAACCUGCAGCCGGGCGUGCUCCAGGCAGCCGGGGACAUGCUCCUCAACCUCGUCAACAACAUGGCCGACAUGCCUGAACUUGCAGAAAAGGCGGAGCCGACCACGAUGGUGUACUACGACUACCUGAACAGCUUCAUGAUCGCGUACCCGCUGUGGGCGGCGUACUUAGUGGACGCGCUGGUGGCCGUGGUGGCGCUCAUCAGUGUCGGCUACUAUGUGUUCCUCGUGGGCGUGCGCAAGUCUACGUUCCGCGGCUUAGGCUGGGCGGUGUUGGGCCGGUUGCUGAGUACGCUGGCCGCGAUCGGCGCGGGGCUGGCGUUCGUGCUCAUCACGAGCGCCACCACCACGCAACUCAGAUAUCUUUCUCAUCAGUGGAUAACUGUCCCGAUAUACUGGAUACCCUAUGUCCUUGUUGCCAUGAUAACAUCACAACUCUAUGAUGCUUGGAGUAGCAAAAAGUCAGGACUUAACCGGUCAUUCCGCGCGCUGCAAGCGUCAGCGGCAACGCGUACCAUCCUCGCCGUGCUGCUCCUCGCCAUGACAUGCGUCCCCUCGCUGACGACCAUGCGCUACGUGAUCGCGGUGCCGCUGUUCCUCAUGUCCGUCUUCUCUGUGAUCCCACUCAUGCUGGUGCGGUAUCUACGAGUACCGGCAUGGCAGCAGCUGUUCGUAGAAAUGCUGGUGUCUGUUCCGGCGAUGAUGUUCCUGUUCACGCUGUGCCUGCGCAUCAACUCGCUGAUGCUGCCCGUGAUGGGCCGCAGCGCCAGCAACACCCCUGACUUCCUCGUGGGGCUGCUGAAUCUUGGGUUGGUAGCGCUCGUCACCAGCGCUGUGCGCUGUGGUAAGCGAUCACUGUUCUACGGAAAAUUCAAAGUUCUGCUGGUGCCCGUUCUGGUUCUGAUGUUCUUGUUCACGCUGUGCCUGCGCAUCAACUCGCUGAUGCUGCCCGUGAUGGGCCGCAGCGCCAGCAACACCCCUGACUUCCUCGUGGGGCUGCUGAAUCUUGGGUUGGCAGCGCUCGUCACCAGCGCUGUGUUCAAAGUUCUGCUGGUGUCUGUACCGGUUCUGAUGUUCUUGUUCACGCUGUGCCUGCGCAUCAACUCGCUGAUGCUGCCCGUGAUGGGCCGCAGCGCCAGCAACACCCCUGACUUCCUCGUGGGGCUGCUGAAUCUUGGGUUGGCAGCGCUCGUCACCAGCGCUGUGUCAGGCAUCGAGCUCCUGUUUUCCCGGAAGCGCCUGUGGCUGCCAACGGCAGUGGCGGGUCUAGCGGCGCUCAUCAUCAUGUUCCUGCCCUUGGAGCCCUAUGACGCUGCGGGUACCGGCCUGCAGCGCCACUACUGGUUUCACACAGAAAUAAUAAAUCACACGGUGACCCCCCCGACCAGCAUCUCUGGCGUUACGGUGACUAAGAUUGAUACCUACACCAUCGACCGGAUGCGGAGGGCUCUGGCGGACUCCGGCCUCAACUACACAGUGAAAGCUGACUUGGCGGAGGACUGCGCGCAAUACAUUUUCUGCAAUCUGCCGAUGUUCAGGACCAGGUUGCCGAAUUCCUACGCGGAAGCCCUGUUCAUCGAAAUGCCGCCGCCCACGGCGUUCGCCACGAUGCCCAGCUUACGGCUCGAAAGCAGGCUCUGCUCUGGCACCAACUGCACGCUUCACUUCGCUUUCGACGGGCCGGCCCACAACACGCUGACCCUGUGGCCCCGCUCGGGGUCCAUAGUCGCGUGGUCGUACGACGCGCCGACCGACCCGUCCUUCACGCAGAACGACCGCCCCGCCUACACGAUCGUCCAGGCCUCGGCCACCUACAGCGAUCCCUUCGACACGCAGUAUUUCUGGAUCACUUUGGAGGUGCCGGUGGCGCAGCAGUCGCGGCCGCUGCUGGACUUGGCGCAGCACGCGCACAAGAAGCAGCACCCCGAGCUGUACACGCGCGACUACCAGCAGCUGCUCGACGCCGCGCCAGACUACUUCAACAUCGACACCUCGCUCUCCAUACGGAAUAACUACGCCUUCUAGA